AUGCCCGCUGAAGCCCCUAGCGGCAGCUUCCCAGCUGCCACCGGGGGCCCCACAGAUAAAGACAGGGUCCUGUCUGGGGGCCCCCAGGGGGGGCCCGCUGGGGGGCCCCCUGAGGGCUCCCCUGUGGUGCCCCGUGGGGGCCCCACUGGCGGGGCCCCCAGGGGGGCCCCCGUGUCCCUUAGGGGCCGGGAGGGGCCCCCAAGGGCCCUCCAAGUAUUCUUUGAAAGGUUAGGGUCUUCUCCAGAAUCUCUGCAGGCUUACCGGGCCUGCGUGCGUGCAUGGGUUGAGGAAAAGGCAGCAGCAGCAGCAGCAGCAGCAGCAGCAGAUGGGGCCUCUAGCGGAGUUUACGCAGAGCUGCAGGCCCUCGCCCAAGAAUCCCUCAGAUGCAUAGAAGCAGCAAGCUGUAACUGGCAGCUGCUGCUGCACUCUGCUGCAGCAGCAAAUAAGGGGCCCCCUGGCAGCUCCCCUGCGGGGCCCUCAAAUGAGUCCCCAGGGGGGCCCCCAGGGGGGCCCCCAGAGGGGCCCCCAGAGGGGGCCCCUGAGGAGGGGGCCUUUAGAGAUGCUCCUGAGGGGCCCGUUCUCUCGCCGCUGCAUCCUCGCUUAUUAUGCGGCUGCUUCUUCGUGCUUAAGGACCUGCUGAGUGAUGCUGCUGCUGCGAGCGUCUGCUGCAGUAAAUUUUGUGCUGCUGCUGCUGCUGCUGCUGCGGAUCUGCUGCGCCUGCUGCCAGCAGCAGCAGCAGCAGCUGAGAGACACAAAAGGAGCUUCAAAGCUAAGGGGUCUCGAGUCAAGCACUUGGGCAGGUCCAGCAGGCGAGGAAUGGGGGAGCAAAAUGUUGCUGCAGCUCAGCGGCAGCAGCAGGAGCAGGAAGAGGAGCAGGUUGCUGCUGCUCCUGCUGCUGCUGUUGCUGCCUACGGCGACUCCGAGGAAGUCUCGCUGCUCCGAUUUGCUGCAGUUGAUUUAAUAGUUUGUCUCGCAGCAGCAGCUGCUGCUUCUUCUCACAAACUAUAUUUCAAUUCUGAUGAAGAUGAGAACCCCCUGGCUUCUCUUGCUUCCGAACUAGAGCUGCAGCUGUCGCGGGUUGCUGCUGCUGGCCUGCAGCAAAAGGGGCAGCAGCAGGGCCCUGCUGCUGCCCCAUCACAAGGAAACUCAUUUGCUGCUGCGGCUCAGCUGCAGCAGCAAGAACAGCAGCAGGAGCAGCAGCACCAAGUUGGGGUGUAUGUACACCUCAGCGGCCUCUCCUUUUCGGUGCUCGCUGAGAUCACCUGCGUCUUCUGUCGGUCUCUGGAGCGCAUGCAGCGCCAAGCUUCAGACCAGCAGCAGCAGCAGCAGCAGCAUCAACAGGAGCAGCAGCAGCAGACAAAACAAAUACUCAAUCGGCUGGCCUGCCGUUUGCUGCCGCCGAUGCUGCAGCUGCUCACUGUCGAUACACUGCAGCCGUUGGCCGAGGACACCCGGAAGCUGCUGCUGCCUGCGCUGCUGCAGCACGUGUCUGCUGCUGCUGCUGCUGCUUUUAUCUUCGCUGCAAUUCACCGUCUCCUUGACCCUUUGACAGUGCUCACAACCAGCAGCAGCAGCAGCAGCAGCAGCAGCAGUGUGAGCUUAAAGGUAUUUGAUAUGCUUCAGAAAGGGCCCCCUCCCCCACGUAGCGGGGAAGCCUUCGAGCUAGCGCUGCGGCAUUAUGAUUUAUUUUUGGCAGCAUUUUGCCCACAAGACGCAGCAGCAGACGCGGAGCAGCAGCUGCUGCUGCUGCUUAAAGCAGAGCAACAGCAGCAACUGCCGCAGCAGCAGCAGCAACAGCAGCAUCAAGUGGAGGGCAGGAAGCCUUGGGACAGCAACGACACCAGGUGGCGGUGGCUCUUCUGGGGUGUCACGUGUCCCACAUUUAACUGUGUGCGCAGCAACUCGCGCCAGCUGCUGCAGCUGCUGCAGCAGCAGCAACAGCAGCAGCAGCAACUGCCGGGAGUCACUGCAGCAGAGCAGCGUGGCGCCUGGACAUCAUUCAUGAACCUUUUGGAAGCCCUCGACGACUUCUCUCAGCAUUUGGUUCAGCAGCAGCAGCAAACGCUGCUGGGAUUGUGCGCCGUUGCGGCAAAAGCAGCAGCAGCAGCAGCAGCAGUAGGGCCGGCAGCAGCAGCAAACGACAAUUGGCUAUCCCCGCUGCUUGUGCAGCCCCUCUGGGUUGAGGUAGUUUUGCUGCGGGCCUUUGCCCACGACAACGCAGUGCUGAGCCGCACUUUCAUUUUGACGUUUAUGUCUCUUUGCUGCAGAAGCACUAACGAGGAGGCCCCGAGCAGCAAAAGCAGCGGCAGCAGCAGCAGCAGCAGCAGCAGAAGAAGCAGCAGCAGCAAGGAGGCCAGCCUGCUGCUGUGCGUGUCGCGGAGUUUUGUAUUGGUGUGUUUGGUUCGCCACAUGUCCGUCCCUUCUUUCUUCACGAGAGGCAAUAAUUGCAAAGAGGCUGAGCAAACAGCACAGUCGUUUUUGCUGCAGAGGCUAGCGCAGCAGCAGCAGCAGCAGCAGGGGGUUUCUGGGUGUCUGAGCAUGUCCUGUGCUGCUGAAUAUCUGCAAGCUGUGGGGGACCACUGCUACACCUACACACCCCUGCGGGUGUUUCUGGAGGCGCUGCUGCUCCCAAGCCAACAGCAGCAGCAGCAGCAGCAGCAGCAGGCUGCGACUGCUGCUGCUGCUGCCUUCGCUGCGUCAGUGAAGCACCUUGUGCCUGUGAUUGGGUCUAUGCCACAAAGCGCCCGCUGGGGCCUUUACGAACGCUUGCUGCGCGUUGCUGCAGUUCAUGCUGCCGCAGCAUAUGUGUCUUUGCUGCACAUGGGGGCCCUUUGGGUCUCUUUGCCCCACAGCUUCUUCCUGAGCCAGCUCAGAGACGCAGCAAGCUUCUGCAGCAGCAGCAGCAGCAGCACCAGCGGGAGCGACGGGAAGCGCGGAGAGAAACAGCAGGUGCCGGCGUUGGUGCACCUAUUGCUUGCUGCCUUCCCUUCUCUUGACGAUUUUGCCUCUGCAGUGCAGCAGAUGCUGCUCAACAGCCUGCAGCAAAGCAGCAGCAAACAAGAGGCGCAGCAAGGCCCCCUGAAACCCUUUUUCAGACAGCAGGAGCAGCAACAGCAGCAACAGGACAUUUAUGCGGCCGUUUUCCUGUCGCGCUUGAUUGCAGCAGCUGCUGCUGUGGCGCCCUGCAGCAAACUUCCCCAAGCGGUGGCCUCCUGCUGCUACACCGCAGCAGCAGCAUGCGACGACAGGCGAAUGCUGCUGCUGGCAGCAAUGAGCUGCGAAGGAUUUGCAUUGCCGCUGCAGCAGCAGCAGCGACGACAGCAGCAACAGCAGGAGCAGCAGCAGCAGGUGCAGAACGCACAUCAGCGUUUUAGGCCCUCUUUGCUACCUUUAGUUCGGCGUUUGCUCGAGCCUUUCAAUGCAUGCGUGACUAUGCUGCUGCAGCUGCUUGAGGAAAUCUGUGCUGCACUGCAGCAGCAGCUUAGCUGCCUGGCUGCGGAGCUGCAGCGUGCGGAGCGGUCCGGCGCACCUCCUGAUGUUCUGUUCUGGCCAGAGGAAAGUAGCGCAUGCAGCGAUUUCAGCUUGUGGGUGAGGCAUCGGGUGCUGCUGUUGGGUCACUUUUUGUACUUUUGCAACAGUGAGCUAAUUGUAAAAGCCUUCAAACAAAUACCAAAUAUAAGCUCUGACGAAAUCUUUACCACCGCCGCAUCCAGCAGGAGCAGCAGCAGCAGCAACAGCAAUAGCAGCAGCAGCAGCAGCAGCAGCAGCGUGGAGCAGCUGCUGUGGACAGCUGUGACGGUCUUGGGGCUGUGGGGUCUGGAGCCCAGCAAGCAGACGACAGGCGGGGCUGAGGAGGCUCCCAUUUUGGGAAUUUGGAGCUGCAGCAACUGCGUCGCUGCAGCAGCAAUUAACCGCAAGACCCUGGCCAGCCUAAAGCAUGCACCUCUGCCCCACUCCAGAGCUCCCCUUGGCCUCAGCACGCCUGCAGCAGCAGAAGCCGCUGCUGCUGGCGUGGCAGCGUGUGAAGCAGCAACAGCAGCAGCAGCAGCAACAGCAGCAGCAGCAGCAGCUGAAGCUUGUGAUUUGUCUGCUUCCAUAUUUCCUGAGGGGCUGCGGCCCCUAGAGGUCUGGAUGGAUGCAGUUUAUUGGUUUUACAGCAGCAAGGGGGAAGCCCUUUCGGGUUUAUUUGCUGCUUCUCCUCUAGCAGCAGCAGCCGCUGCUGCUGCUGCUCCUGCUGCUGGUCAAACGCCCGGAGAAGGACUCGCAGCUAUCUUUCAGCAGCUGCUGCCACCUUGUGCUGCUGAUGCAGCAGCAAAGUACAGAAGCCGUGUUUUAGCUGCGCAGCAGACUCACUGGGGGCUGCUGCUGCCGAGCCUCGGUAUAUCUUGCUCUGCAGCAGCUUCUGCUGCUGCAGCAGCCCCAGACAUUGACAGCUUAAGAGCAGCAGCAAUCGAAGCCCCCCCGGGGCCCGUGGGGGUGUCGCUGCUGCUGCUGCAGCAGAUUGGACAGUGCAGCACGAGAGAGGCCCCGGGGCUGCUGCAUGCGCUUUGGUUCUUUGCUGUUCCCACCCUAACGAGGCCCCUCCAGGGCUUGACUGAGGCCCCUUGGAACUGUCUGGUGGCCCCCGGUCCUGCUGCAGCUGCGUGUGUUGCUGCAGCAGCGCAUGCAGCACUUGCUGCUUUCGUAAGCGACUGCCGCCAAGUCAUUCGGGGGCGGCUGGAGACGACGAUCCCAGCGAGCCUUAUUGGAGGCAUUUGCUGCCUCGUGCUGCACCCGCUGCUGCUGCGGUCGGAGUGGCAGCUGCAGCGGGUACUGGGGGGCCCUUCCCCGGCUGCAGAGGGGGCCCCUAGUCCAGCGGGGCCCCUACUGGGUCUGGGGGGCCCCUUGGAAGCUUGGGGCCCCCCAGAGGGUACAGAGGGGGCCCCCACACAAAAGGGGGGCCCCGAGCGUGGUGGGUUCAUCUUUGAGUUUGUUGAAGACUUGGUUGCUGAAGGCACCGUCAGCCUGGGGCUCUCUCGCGCUGUGAUUUUGCCUCUUUUGUCUUCUUUGUUUGUUGCUGGAGCUGCGGAUUCGAAAGAAAGGCGUGGGGGCUGUGGGCUGCCCUGUACGUACACCCGGCUGCUGGCGAAGCUGCUGCUGCACCGCGAGUUCGUGCUGCUGGACGGAGACAGCUGCUGCCCCACAGACCCGUUUGAGCUCCCUACCCCCAUGUCCCUCUACACAUGCAGCUGCAGCAGCAGCAGCAACAGCAGUAGCAGUGGAAGCGACAGCUGGAGCAGCGAAAGCGAGGACGCCAACGCCGCCCAUGCAGCCGCCAGCAGCAGCAGCAGCAGCAGCAGCAGUUCGUGCUGCAGCCGCUGCGGCCUGCCCGUGGGAAUGUCCAGCUGCGACCCGGUUUCAUUUUUCUUGUCAGUGAGUCCCUGCUGCCGGGACUUUCGUUCUUUGUCUCUUUGCAACUCAGCAGCAGCAAACCCUUUUCCUCCUUUUUGCUGCAUUGCUCCACCCCUGGCCUUAACCCCCCCACUGGCUCUUCUCCCCAGGGCCCUCCCCUCCCGCUUUUCGGGCCUUUCCCAAACUCCCGCCUAUCUCCGCCUCCUAGCCCUCACACUCUUAGAUGCCCUUUCCCAAAGCCUUUCCCCGGGGGCCCCUCUAGGGGGCCCCCCCGUGCCCCCCGGGGCUCCCCUGGGGGGGCCCCCCUCGCCUCCAGGGGCCCCCUCAGGGGGGCUUGCCGUUCUCCCAGGGGCCCCCUUGGGGGCCCCUGGGAGGGGGGCCUCCUCAGCGGGGGCCCCUCUGCCGCAGGCGUCCACUGAGGGGGCUCUUUGGGAAGGGCCUCUACAGGACAGCACGGAUACGCGUCAGGGGCCCCCUGGCGAGCCCCCGGGGGGGCCCUCAGGGGGGUCCCCUGGAGUGGAUCCUGGGGCCCCCCCUGGAGGGGCCACUGCGGGACUGCUCUGCAUAGAUGCAAAUCAAAUGGAGUUCUUAAGAACAAGUUUGUCCGCUGUAUUUGAAGCUCUGGCAGGAAAGGCAAUUGAAGCUGUACAGACACCCCAAGACGAGACAGAGCCAGCAGAGCGGGACGCAAACAAACAGGCAAAUCAGCAGCAGCAGCAGCAGCAGCAGCAGGGCAACGAAGCGGGAGGGGAGCAGUCUGAGGGGGCCCCCCGGGGGCCCCCCUGCGACCGCUUGCCCAUGCCAAACUCUGCUCGCCACCGGGGGCAGCUGCGUGCGUGGCAGGCGCUGUCUUGUUUGUCGUGUCACUUAGGUGUAUAUACACCUCAAUCCGUGGAAAAGAUUCAAAAACUUAUUUUUGAACUGCUCAGCAAACCCCUCAUGCCAGAUGUCCGGCAUUAUGUCGAAUUCGUUGCUGUUCGAGUCGCCAAGGGGGCCCUACAGGGGCUGCUCUCCGGGGGCCCCUCUGGGGGCCCCUCUGGGGACCCCUCUGGGGGCCCAUCUGGGGGCCCCCCUGGGGGCCCUCAUGGGGGCCCCUAUGGCUGCGUGUUUGCUUUGGUUGAUAUUUUGGGGCGGUAUGAUUUGUCGCGGCAGGCAGUGAUAAGUGCGUUGACUGUGGGGGGCUACGUGCUGCUGCACUUGAGAAAGUGGACAGCAGCAGCAGCAGCAGCUGCUGCUGCAGCAGAGUCUACGGCGGACGCCCUAGAGCAGCUGCUGUUGCUGGCCAUUGCCCCUUAUCUUACCUCCAACGCCGCCUACUGCAGAGGCACAGCGCAGUACUUAGUGCAUGAGUUUUUGUCUCGCGUAGCAGCAGCAGCAAAGGCCCCGCAAAUCGAAGUCCCGGAUCAACAGCCAGCAGCCCCCGACGCAGGCAAUAGCAGCAGCAGCAGCAGCAACAGCAGCAACAGCAGCAGCAGCAGCAGCAGCAGCAGCAGCAGGUCAGGGUUUGUGAAGGCCUUGUACCGCAUGCUAAGCGAAUCGAAAGAUUGUAAAAUGAUGAUUUCUAAAUUGGAAAUGGCAUUUGAAAGAUGGUGUCCAGAGAGGGAUGGCUGUAUAUACACCCUAAUUCCCGAGGCCGGGGUUGUCUUCGAGACCAUGCAGCAGCACAGCGCGUCGCUGCGGGGCGCGAGCGCCCUGGGGUUUGAGGAAGCAAAAGAAGAAGAAGAAGUUUUUAAUAAAGAAGAAAUGAAAGGAGACAAAGACGCGAAAGGGCAGCAGCAGCAGCAGCAGCAGCACCUAGCUGAUGUCCUCUCCAGCUUUGACCUCAGGCCCUCCUGGGCCCUCGCAGUGGCCCUUAAGGACGCAGUGCAGCAGGAGAUGAAGAGGGCGUGGCACACACCUGCUGCUGCUGCUGCUGCUCCUGCUCCCGGUGCUGCUGCUGCUGCUGCUGCUUCUGGCUAUGAUGCUGCGGGGUAUUGUGACGAAGUUCUUGGUGGCGAUGGCUCGAUGCCUAGUUCUGCUGCUGCUGCUGCAUUACCAGAAGCAGCAGCAGCUGCUGCUGCUGCAGAAAUGGCACUGGCAGCAGCAGCUGGCAGCAGAUCAGACGCUGCAGCAGCAGAGACGGAACCAGGGCCUUGCCAAAGGAAAUUUGUGCCUGCGACGCAGGCGCUGCUGAGCAGCAGCUGCCUCUGCGUGGAAGACCCGCUAGCUGCUUUUGCUGCGCUGCGGCAGCGCAGCAACUUAAUUGUUGUUGCUUCUCUUAUUUCAAAGCCGCCGAACUUGGGAGGUUUGGCGAGGACUUGUGAAGUCUACAACGUAAAAUGCCUCGUCGUCAGGAGCCUUGACCUUCUUAAGGAUGCGACUUUCAAAAACAUAUCUGUUUCUGCCCACCAGUGGCUGCCCAUGAUAGCAUGGAUGCCCCCAGGGGUGCAGCAGCAUUUGUGGCAUUUUGGAUUUUGA